GAAAUCGCGUGUUCUUCAAUCAUACGUAGAAACGCUGUGUUCUUAAGAAAUUGCCGUCUUCAAGUCUCAUCCUUCACCUUCUUGAAGAAAUUUGCUGUUUUCAAUCUCGAAGAAUCGGAAGGGGUCUAGAUUUAGGGUUUAGACUCGCCGCCAUGGUACCUCCAGUCAAAUUCGGGCAGCCGAUUCAGGGGGGAAAGGAUAUGGAGGGAUCCGAUACGUCGAGUAAUCUGUGGGUUGGGAAUCUUUCAACAGACGUGACCGAUGCUGAAUUGAUGGCUCUGUUCUCAAGGCAUGGAGCAAUCGAUACGAUAACAUCAUACACUUCUAGGGGAUUUGCUUUCGUUUAUUACAAACAGGUCGAUGAUGCUAAGGCUGCUAUGGCUGCUCUCAGGGGGACCAAUUUACGUGGAAUUCCGUUGAAGAUUGAACUUGCGAAACCGGCUAAGCCAUGUAAAAGCUUAUGGGUUAGUGGCAUCAACCCAACUAUUAUAAAAGAGAAACUGGAAGAGGAAUUCCUUAAAUUUGGGAAAAUUGAGGACUUUAAGUUCCUCAGGGAACGAAGUACUGCUUAUAUUGACUAUUUCAGAUUAGAAGAUGCAUUACAGGCUGUGAAAAGUAUGAAUGGGAGGAGAAUUGGUGGUGCCCAGAUACGGGUUGAUUUCCUAAGAUCACAAACUGUUAGAAGGGAUCAAUGGCCUGACCACAGAGAUGGAAGGGAUGGACAAUUUCAUGGUCGGAGUAUGGGUGUUCUUGAUUCAUCCUGGAUGCUACCUGAUGUAAUGAGAAAUCAUCCUGAUUCUCUUUAUCCUGGUUCUGGGAGGCCACAGUCUCCUGUGGUCCGGAAGGCUGAUGGCUUGCCAAGUAGGGUACUGUUGAUUGGUUAUCCUGCUUCUUCCAUCAUUGAUGAUCAGAUGCUACACAAUGCAAUGAUUUUAUUCGGUGAGAUAGAAGGCAUUAAAAGCUCCCCCACUAAGAAUUAUGCAUUGGUCGAAUUUAGAAGUGUGGAUGAGGCCCGGCGGGCUAAAGAGGGGUUACAGGGUCGACUUUUUAAUGAUCCCCGAAUAUCAAUCAUGUACUCAAGGCCAGAGGUGUUUCCUAAUGAACCUAUGUUCCAACCUCCACACUUAGACAUGUUUGGAAAUAAUCACCCAAGAAUUCAUGGUCAAGAAGUUAAUGAGUCGUCUGCAAUGAGUGGUCCCAAUUGGAGAAGAUUGUCUCCUGCACCCGGUUUGCUUCCUACACCUCAAGCUGGAAUGAAGAGACCAGUCAGAGCUGGACCUGGUUGGGAUGUAUAUGAUGCAAAUCAGCUUCCAUUGGAGUCUAAGAGAUCUAGGGUUGAAGAUGAUUUUAUGGGUCGUGACUCCCCAUUUCGUUCUAAGAAAAUGGAAGAACCUGGCAUGGGAUUGAAAAGAAAUUAUGAGAUUGAAAUUGGUCGGAGAGGCCCUGUCGGUCCUGGCUUUAUAUGGCGUGGUAUUAUAGCUAAAGGUGGAUCCCCAGUUUGUGGUGCUCGCUGUGUCCCUGUCGGUAAAGGCAUUGAAUCUGAUCUUCCUGAGGUGGUGAACUGCUCAGCCAGAACUGGGCUUGACAUGCUGACGAAGCACUAUGCAGAUGCUAGUGGUUUUGAUAUUGUCUACUUUUUACCAGAUGCUGAAGAAGACUUUCCUUCUUACACUGAUUUUCUACGUUAUCUUGGGGCUAAAAAUCGAGCCGGAGUGGCCAAAUUUGAUGAUGGAACAACUUUGUUUCUUGUACCGCCAUCAGAUUUCCUCAUCAAAGUUUUGAAUAUCAUGGGCCCCGAACGCCUCUAUGGAGUUGUCCUCAAGUUUCCUCCAGUCCCUAACACAUCAGCAAUGCCGAUUCUGCCCUCUAUCUCUCAAUAUGGAAAUGAUCAACAAAAUCCUUCUAGAAAAGAGUACAAUGGCAAUCCUUCUAAAGAGGAAUUGGCUUUGCCUACAGACUAUAACAGGGCUCCAUCUCUCAAUGCCCCACCUUCUGAAAUACAAUCAUUCCCUUCAAAAACAAACUCAUAUUCUACUCAGCCAAUUUCACAGGCGACAUCUCAGGCAGCUGUUACACUCACUCCAGAGCUUAUUGCCACCUUAGCUUCAUUAAUACCCACGACUGUGAAGUCAACUGGCGCAGAUAGCUCACAACCUUCGUUAUCUUCUGUUAGACCUGCCUUAGCCCCAGUUGUAGGAGAUAAUAAUGUGCAAACUGGACCUCAUGGUUGGCCCCAGGAUCAUCAUUUGGUCCCCCAACAGACUAAUGCCUAUCAUCCCAUUCAACAAGUGGAAAACCAGAGUUAUUAUCAGGCGCCACCUCAAGUUCCUCAGAGCUUUCCUAGUCCUAAUUUUCAGGGACAACCUCAGGCUCAGGGUUAUCCUAACUCUAAUUUUCAGGGGCAACAUCAGAUUCAGAAUUUUCCUAGCGCUUCAAAUGUUUCAAGCCAUUAUCAGGAUCCAACAGUUUCUUCUGGACCAUUGCCAAAUUCCAUAAUUCCUUCACAUAAUGGACAGCUUGGAGUUUCUUAUCCUUAUGGAAUUCCUCGUAAUGAGCAGACAGAUUCAAUGGGGGUAGUAUAUGGGCAAUCAUCUCUUUAUCAGCCAACUCCAUAUUCUGGACCUUUCUCCAAUCCCAUUAAUCAACAACCUAAUCUUAUGCCAAUGGCAUCUGGAAAUAUCAGACCCGAGCUCCCAAAUCAGUUUUACGGAGGAGCAGGUCAAGGGUCAUCGAGUACUGAAGUGGACAAGAACCAGAGGUACCAAUCAACACUUCAGUUUGCUGCUAACAUUCUGCAGCAGUUACAUCAAACUGGACAAGGACCACCUCCCAGUCACUGAUCACAUUCCUAAUCAGUGAUUAUUACAUCUGGACUUAUGCAAACUAUGAAGAGCGACGUACCUUCUGUGUGAAAAGACCAACUGCUUCCGAAAUGAAUGUGGAAUUAAAUUACUGGUUGAAAUGAACGUGAAAUUAAAUUGAAAUCGUGUUAAAAUAGGUACUGGGUGUUCGACAAUCGACCGCGAGCACAUGUAGAAUGCUUCAAUUUUACUUUUAUUUUCCCCUGGAUUUGAAUGCUACUAUCGUUUUACUCUCAUGAGUUUUGAUCGAACGUGUAUCGACAUAAAUGGUUUUAUUUUAUAACUUCUCUCCUUAAAAACUCAUAAAUUUGGAUUUGAUAGAAAUUUAUAAUCUCAUUUUAGUUCAA